CCUUAAAGCCUUCUCCAUAUUUUUUCUUCAAAUUAUAUAAACUCAAAUGCACAUUCAGCUCUUACUUGCAUCAAAAUAAUGGCUCAAGCCUGCUUAUUUCUGCUCCUAGCACUGCUCAUUGCCGUUCAAGGAGUUGCCAUCCAGGUCGAUGACUUUGGAGUCCUUGAACUCAACAAGCUCGAGGCGUGGAGCGAGGACGAGGAGAUGGAGGAGGAAAAGGAGAAGGCCAUGGCUCCGAAGUUGCAGAGCUAUGGCGGCGGAGUGACGGUGGUGAAUGUUGAUAGCCUGGGAGCCGUGGGCGAUGCCAUCACAGAUGAUACUGAGGCGUUCGCUAAUGCAUGGACGAUAGCGUGCAACGCAUCAAACGCAGUGUUCCUGGUGCCAGAAGGGAGGAGGUAUUUGGUAAAACCUCUGAGGUUUAAGGGGCCUUGUGCCGAUAACUUGCUGGUUCAGAUUGCUGGAGAAAUCGUAGCACCAGACGAGCCAAAUGAUUGGGAUCCCAAGAACCCAAGAACAUGGCUCGUCUUUUCCGGCUUGAAAGGUGUGAUCUUCCAAGGUGGGGGCAUCAUCAAUGGCUCUGGUAGCAAGUGGUGGGCAUCAUCAUGCAAGAUCAACAAGAAAAAUCCAUGCAGGGAAGCUCCGACUGCAUUUACAGUUGUUUCGAGCUCUGCUGUGAGAAUAAGCAGUCUGUCCUUCAAAGACAGCCAGCAGAUCCACUUCACGGUCUCGCACUCGGACGCCGUUCGAAUCUCCGACAUCAACGUUGAAGCUCCGGGCAACAGCCCCAACACCGACGGCAUCCAUAUAAGUCAAUCCAGCAACAUCUUAAUCCAAAACGUCAAAAUUGGAACAGGGGAUGACUGCAUCUCCAUAGUCAAUGGCACCUCAAAUAUCAAGAUGAAGAACAUUGUGUGUGGGCCUGGACAUGGGAUAAGCGUUGGAAGCCUCGGAAAAGACAACUCAACCGCAGUUGUCACGGCUAUAGUUCUGGACACUGCAGUUCUUAAAGAUACCACAAAUGGCGUCAGAAUCAAAACAUGGCAGGGGGGAUCAGGCUAUGUAAGGGCUCUAAGGUUCCAGAAUAUCCAGAUGAACAAUGUCAGCAACCCGAUCAUCAUCGACCAGUUUUACUGUGAUUCAAAGACUCCAUGUAAGAACCAGACAUCAGCAGUUAGUGUGAGCCAAGUGAUGUACAUAAAUAUCAGUGGGACUUCUCGAAGCGCGAAUGCGAUCAAGUUUGCAUGCAGCGAUACAGUGCCAUGCAGCAAACUCUUCUUGGCUAACAUCAAUCUCCAGACAGACUCCGGUACAGCAGAGACAUUCUGCAACAGUGCCAUAGGAUUCAAGUAUGGAUCUGUCGUCCCAUCUGUUGAUUGUCUAUUAACCGCGGACAAGAGCCACACAAGCAAACAUUCCGACGGCAAUGGAGGGAUAAAACGUCCGAAGAUGCACACAGAGUUGUAAAUUGUAAUGCACUUCUCAGGAAAUACAGAUAGAUACAAACACGGACAAGGCCCUGUAGCCUGUUAAGGCAUUACUAUGGGCUAUCAUUCCAGAAGGUUUCCGCUAGGAAGCAAUAUUAUGGACUACAAAAUUCCAGAAGUAGCUGUCCUACAUAAACGGAUCAUGGUGUUCUGAUGAACCCAAGAAAGAGUGCAGCGCCAGGAUUCAGAAGUGAUCCUGUUGAUCUUGGAAUCUGGAAAAUCUAAUGCAAUAUGAAAUUAAGAACAAUCUGGAGCCAAGAAAAGGAGAAUCUGAAAUUAGAGUAUAUAUUCGAACAUAAUGAUGGGAAACUUUACAGUA